GGUGUCGCUGAAUUCUACAAUUGUUAUAUAUAGUGGCAAAUGUUAUAUACAUUUUUAUAACAAUAAGAAAAAAACUACCGACCAAUAAGCAAAAAAAGAAAGGUGCUUGGGGUCACUCAGCUGGUAAGGGGCAAAGCUGAGACUUGAACUCAGGCCAGCUGGCCCAGAGCCUGUGCUCCUAAGCGCUGCAUUAGAUGGUCUGCUAGGAGACGCCAUCCCUGUUGAGAAGCUCCAAGUGAGUGCAGAAGAAGGGCAGUGAACAGCAUGGCUCUUAGAGACCUCUGCGUAUGUUGGGGAUGGUGGAGAGAUGGGUGAGGGCAGUGGGGAAAGGCCUUCGUACAAGGUUCCAGCUUUGAGGGGUCCCUGGGUGGCACGAACGGUUAAGCACUUGACUACUAACUGAAAGGCUGAUGGUUCAAACCCACGCAGAGGCACCUCAGAAGAAAGACCUGUUGAUGUGCUUCUUAAAGGUCACCGCCUUGAAAACCCCUGGAGCAGUUCUACUCAGCACACCUGGGGUUACCAUAAGUCAGGUCUACUCAAGGGCGACGGGUUCACUCUGAAGCUUCUGACCUCCUGUCCUAUCCUCCCAGCAUUCUCCCAAGGGACCAGGACCAAUUGAUUACCUGCUCUCAGCUCUUCAUUUUAAUCUCAAGGGGGUUCUGGGAGCUUGCCCCCUCCCAGGCUCCAGGGCCCCUCCUCCCUCCAAGUACCAGAGAGAACCAGUCACAAAUCCUCCUAAGCUCCCAUGUCUUUGUCUCCCGUCUCACAGCAGCACCAAGCCAGGCAGCAGGAGACCUCGGUUCCACCUACCACCCAGCAGCGACCAGCCAGUUGGUGCCCACUUGGCCUCACCAAUGGGAAACAGUAAGAGCGGGGCUCUGUCCAAGGAGAUCCUGGAGGAGCUGCAGCUGAACACCAAGUUCACGGAGGAGGAGCUGUGCACCUGGUACCAGUCCUUCCUGAAAGAGUGCCCCAGCGGCCGCAUCACCCGGCAGGAGUUCGAGAGCAUCUACUCCAAGUUCUUCCCCGACGCUGACCCCAAGGCCUACGCCCAGCACGUGUUCCGCAGCUUCGACGCCAACAGCGAUGGCACCCUGGACUUCAAGGAGUAUGUCAUCGCCCUGCAUAUGACCACCGCGGGCAAGACCAACCAGAAGCUGGAGUGGGCCUUCUCCCUCUACGACGUGGACGGCAAUGGCUCCAUCAGCAAAAAUGAAGUGCUUGAGAUCAUCAUGGCUAUUUUCAAAAUGAUCAACCCUGAGGACAUGAAGCAUCUUCCGGAAGAUGAAAACACGCCAGAAAAGCGAGCCGAGAAGAUCUGGGGGUUCUUUGGAAAGAAAGAUGAUGAUAAACUCACAGAGGAGGAAUUCAUUGAGGGGACCCUGGCCAAUAAGGAAAUUCUGCGACUGAUCCAGUUUGAGCCUCAAAAAGUGAAGGAAAGGUUAAAGGAGAAGAAACCCUGACCCCAACUGCUUAGCUCUUCUCCUCCCCUUCCCCACCACACACAUAAACACACUCACACAUAAACACACACACUGUCCAGAGGCAGAGAGAGGCCUCCAAACCCACAGCACAAGCCCGGCCACACGGAAGCAUCUUUACUAGUUCAUGGUUCCUCCCUUCCUCUGUCUUCAGUGCCCCUCAUGUCACAGCCCACCCACCUCCUGUU